AUUUUGUAGGACAACUGAUUUUAAGUGAGGAGACCGACUGGAUAACAUUUUUCUACGGAUAAUUAUGGCGCCAAAAAAGAGACUGGAUUGUUUUUUGAGUGGCACAAGUUUCGGAAAUGUUGCAAAAAAAGGUUUUUGUCAAAGAUGUGUUACUGUAGCAAGUUUAUCUGGACACUUUUGGAAUCCUAGUCGCUACAGUUUGUCUCUUCUUUAUUUCACCAAACGACGUUAUUAUGACAGGCAGGUGGAGACUCUCAGUCCAUAUAUGCAAACCACUAAUGGAAAGGAUUCGAACAACUAUUCUUUGCUUGAAACUGCAGCAGUUCCAACUGAUUCAGCACUGGUUGAAGGAAUUCGACAAGUAGCAAUAGGAAAAUAUGGUGCAAAAUCCCUCAACAAGUCAUUAGCGAAUAGAAUACUUGAAGAACUAGAACAGAUUGAAAAGCAGAUGAGAAAUUGGAACAACUCUCCUGAAGAGAACAGUUUAUAUCAACAGCAAGUGUUACAAAGAGCUGCUUUUCUGGGAUCACUAUAUUUAAAACCCAACUGGAAUCUUGACGAACAGGAAAUUCUUAGAAAAUAUGAACUUGGCAUCGCUUCUACAAAGAAGCCCUGUUCUGAAGCUUCUUUACUUUUAGCUGUGCAUCCAAACAGUUUUCAAAGAUUAGAAGAAUGUCAUUUAACGGAACAUGUUCUCAAGUUACUGCAAGGUGACCACUUGAGUACACUGGAAGCAGAACAGUUGGGAGAGUUUAUAUUAGAGUGUAAAACACUAACAGAUGCAACCUUAUCUGCUAUGAUUCUCCAUAUUAUGCGAGUAAGACAUGAAACUUCGGAGGAAUUAAUAGGCUUUGCUACUGCUUGUCAAAAGACAUUGAACACUUUAUGGAAGAGCAAUGUUUCGGUGCAAAUAAGGCGUCCGAUUCCAGUAUUACAAAUAACAGAACCUUUUGAUGGUGUAGUCAAGUCUCCCAUGGUAACUCCAUUAAUAGCGAAAUAUAUUACGGAGCAAUAUGGUAUAUGGACAGUUCUGAUAGGCUCCGAUACAAGUGGUCCCAAGUCCUUCGUGCGCUCUAUUCAGUACGGAGUUAAUUUGAAAAUGCUGGUAGAGAAAUUAGGAGAAGCUCGUAUUCCAAGAAUAUCCAGUCGAAAGCAUCUCGAAGAAAUGUUUCAAAUGCAAACUUCUCCUCGUGUCUUAUAUAUGGACCUUGAAGAUAUUUGCCCUGCUCUGUCAAGAUUGACUUAUUUACGUCGAACUAUUAUCAAAAGGCCUUGUUUAGCUACAGUAGAAAAAGCUAUCAAUUAUAUCGAUGCGGAUGCACUGUUAACUAGUGCUUUUCACUCCAAUUACAUAGAUAAAAUGAUACGAAUUGGAACAGCACAACAGUUUUUUCAAGUAUUUGUCUUGAGUGGAGGCAUAGAAGGUGGUUUAGCUUUUCCAGUUGGAGGACGAAGUGGGGUGACCAUCUCCAGUUUUUCUCAAGAUGGGUCAAAUAAUCAUCUCGUCGAUGUUCAAAAGGUUACUCCAUCAGAUGUUCUUUCUGAAAAAAUAAGGAGCAAUGUUCAAUAUGAAAAUUCUCCUUCUUGGCUAUCCUGUAAUGCAGAGUUGAUUGGUCGUGUAUGGGAUCGAACUGGGAGCAGUGAUGAAACUUUUGAUGCUGUGGUGAAAGCUACGAUACAAACUUUGGAGUUUCUGCAAAACAAGAUGAUACAAAUUGCUAACCGUAGAAUGGCUUCAAGAGAUGGAUAGGUUGCCUUUUACUACAUUGUACAAUUAUGAUGACCUUUACGGAUUGGCUCUUCUCUCCCCAAUCGUAUAAAUAUUUCUUGGGAUUUCUUGAAAAUACCGAGUGUGGUUUGUUGUUUCCACCUUGGUAAAGCUGGUGGCAUUCUGUAGUGGAAAUUCUUGGUACUUU